AUUUUUUUUAACAAUAUGAAAAUACUAUGAAUAAUAUCCUCCUAUGCACAUAGCUAGUAUUCAUUACAAAAGGAAAUUACAAAGUAAUUGUUACAGGAUACACAAAAUGUUAUAUUUAUAAUGUUAAAAGAUGAUUUAUUUAAAUAUGACAUUACCGACUUAAUAUUUUUUUUUUUUUUUUAGUUUUCAGUUAGAUAAGCAUAAUACUUUCAAAUUUAAGCGCUAGUAUAGUCAGUACAUGUGUUCCGGAACUAGGCUGAUGAUCGUAUCCUUUGUUAUCACAAGCCGUGGUGGCAUACACAGCUGUAAUUCACAACAAUGGUGGUGCCGGUCGUGUUUUAGGUUAAAAUUGUGUGGUUUUCAGUGAUUUUAGUCCGAUUAGCAUUGUGAAAAAUGGACAAUAGGAUUACAAUAUGUGACCCGGACGAAGAAGAAGAAAUCGACAAUGAAAUAUUUCGAGAUAUUGAGCCAGUCACGUGGAUCAAUGAUGAUCCAAACUAUGAUUUGGAUGAAAUCAACAUGUUCUUCCAUAGGGUGGAUUCAGAUCAAAUUAUAUACGAAGAGAAAAAGAAAAAAUGUAAAUUUAUUGGUAAAUAUGUUAUGGGUGAUGUUCUUGGUGAAGGUAGUUACGGAAAGGUGAAAGAAGUGCUGGACUCAGAGACACUUUGUCGAAGAGCCGUGAAAAUUUUAAAAAAGAAGAAACUUCGUAGAAUCCCAAACGGAGAGCUUAACGUUCAACGGGAGAUAAAACUAUUAAGGAUAUUAAAACAUAAGAAUGUAAUUAACCUUGUAGAUGUUUUAUAUAAUGAUGAAAAGGAGAAGAUGUACCUAGUUAUGGAAUUUUGUGUAUGUGGAUUACAGGAUAUGCUAGGAAGCACACCCCUUAAGAAGCUUCCAAUUUGGCAAGCACAUGACUAUUUCUGUCAGUUGUUGGAUGGUUUAGAAUACCUUUAUAGUAAAGGAAUAGUACACAAAGACAUAAAGCCAGGAAAUUUGUUAUUAGCUUUAGAUGGUACUUUGAAGAUUAGUGAUUUUGGUGUUGCAGAGGCAUUAGACAUGUUUUCUGAAGAUGAUACGUGUAAAAUGGGACAAGGUUCACCAGCAUUUCAACCUCCUGAAAUUGCAAAUGGCUGUGAAACAUUUUCUGGUUUUAAAGUAGAUAUAUGGAGCAGUGGAGUUACAUUGUACAAUAUAACCACAGGUCAAUACCCUUUUCAAGGCGAUAAUAUUUAUAAAUUAUACGAAAAUAUAGGAAAAGGUGAAUAUACAAUACCUGAAGAGGUAGAAGAGCCUUUAAGAUCUCUUAUACAAGGAAUGUUACAAAAAGAUUCAGAUAAAAGAUUUAGUUUACAAGAAAUUAAAAAUCAUCCAUGGACUAUAUGCAGGUAUCCUAGAACAGAAGAAGAAGUGCCUAUACCUCCCCUUAAAGGACACAAAUGGCACAGUAUGACUGUAUUACCGUACCUGAUGGAAUAUCAUUAUGGAGGUGAUGACAAUCCAAUAUAUUACACUGAACACCAAUUGAAUGAAGAAAAAAGGCUUCAAGAAAUAGACAGAAUCAGUGAAGACCAAAAAGCUACAUGGAAUAGUCACAACAAACCUAAUUCACAUCAAAGUAAACGAAGAUGGCGUAAACCGAUUUCAUGUAUUAACGUUAAGAAAUUUCCAUCUUGUAAGCCAUCGUGAUUUGACACAUUGUCAUGCUUAUUUUUUUAUUACAUAUUUUCCUGACUAUGUCAGAUGCAAAGUUUCUCUGCAGUGGAGAUGACUGAGAAUUUAAUAAGUGCUGAAGUGCUAGGAUAGAUACCUAGCUGCAGCUUGAAUUGAAUAUGAAAUUUAAACUAAUUCGAAAACAUUAAAUGUCAACAUUUGUGAUAUUAAUAUUAAAUAGUCAUAGUAGAUAAUUCAUCAUGCUCUGUUAAUUAUGAGGUUAACGACUCGACGCCCAAAUAAAGUAAUUUUCUUUCAUGUGCCAUAAUGCAGUUACAAUUAUUAAUAUCUAUUGUUAAAGAUCUUUUUUGUAUAAUCUUUUUUCCUUUUUUGUUGACCUGAAUGAUAAAAAAUCAAUUAAAAAUACACUACAUGAACUUUUAAAAUUAGUUUCAAUAUCAUUCUUAUCUUGAUUUGAUACUUUAUUAAAUUCGUAAUAUUAGUGGAUUCAAGAUAUAUCAUCUUAAAUUUAAUGUGCAUAGUACUUUUUAUUAAUUUCACUGUUGUUAAACACAAACAUUUGUCUUGUUUUUAUUCUUCAUUAAAAACAAGAACUUGUAUUUAUUAAAUUCGUUUGCGUAUUAUAUUAACAAACUAUUUGUAACAUACAAAUUCAACAGUCAGUGUUAUAAUGGAGGAUAAAAUAUAAAUUAUUUGAUCAUAACAAAUAAUACUUGGUGCUGGUGAAUACCAAAUGCGUUUCACAAAUACCAUUUUUGGUUGAUAUUGAAAAUUUUCCUCCAAUAUAUGUACAUGUUAAAAAUAUUUUAUAUAUAAAUUGUUAUUUAGAAAAUAUGAUCUGUGUUUGUAGACUCUAUGUAUAUUAUAAUAUUAUCAUUGCGAAAUGACUUAUAAACACUUAAUGCAAUACUUGUAAUGACUUAAUAUAUGACAGAUAUUAAUUCUCUUAUGAUGAAAGAGUAUAAAGGAUUGUUUCAGAUGCAUACUUAGAUAUUAUUGAAGCGUACUUGAAUAUUAUUAGAUCUAAAAAUGAUAUUGUUACUUUAUGUCUGCUUUUAAAACUUUAAGUAUUUCAAAAUUGUGCUUUAAUAUUAUAUAAAAUAAUGUCAAUGUUGUGUGGUCAAUAUGACGUAUAUUAUUAAUACCUUUGUACAUAAUCACGUACAUACACAUAUUUCAACUAUGAAUUGUAAAUUUAACAUGUAAAAAAUACACGUUCGAUCAAUUUGUUUGGAGGAAACAUGUAUUACAUGCAGAAUACGCUUCAGCAGUAAAACAAUUAAUUUCACAAAAGAAAUGUUUGAAUGGAUAAAGAAAUAACGAAAGUUUUUUGUGAUAAGAGUAAGAAUCAUGCUUUCUGUCAUAUCAACAUGAUUUUAGAUAUUUUUAUUUUGAUUAUACCAUUUAUACAGAAAUAAAAUCGUAAUGAAAUGUUAUAAUAUAAAUAUAAAAAAUAUAAAUAUAAAUUAUUUUUCUUUGAAAAAAUUAUGGUGCCUAAAUACUGCCAGUACUAAAAGCACACGAGAAGUAGUCAAACCUUUUCUGAUUGUAUAUAUUAUACAUACAUACAUUAUUUUUAUCGUGGUAUCAACUGUUAAACAAAACAUGUGUAAUAAUUUUAUAAUGAAAUAGAAGAAGUACAUCGAUGAAAACUAAGAAAAUUUUUAUACUACUUUGUUAAUGUUCUUAUUUAUCAUAUUUUUCGAACUUGAAAAACUGGUAAUAGGUUUGAAACCAGAAACACAUAUACAAUAAAUAUAUGUGCAUUAUUUUUGCAUACCGAUAAUGUGUUAUACUUUCUAACAUCUUUUUCCUGAUUAAUUAUAAAAUUAAUAUUCAAUUUUUAGUUACUUAAAUUGUAAAUCUGUACAUCAGUAAGAGGGAGAUCAUGAAAAUAAUUGGAACUAAAGAAGAUCAUACAGCACAGUCUCGAUUAGUAAUUAUAAUUAAAUAAGACUCAUUGUUUCAUAUUUUUAUUGUAAUCAUAAAUAUAAAUUAGUAAACGAACAAAAGAAUGAAACAUUGUUUCUAGAAAGAUUAAAGUUUAUCAUUACAAAA